AUGGCAUCCAGAUCAUCCAUGGUUUUCUGUUUUGUUUUCCUUGUGGCGUUGUGCUUGGAGCACAUAGCGGAAGCUGCAAGCACUGAUUGCAGACGCAUUGGCCACGGUUGCUUUGGUGCUGAGGCAGCUGUUUUUCUGAGACAAAACAGAAAGGUGCUCGCUGAGAAGGAGGAAGAAGUUGUUGUUGCUAAGGGUGUGGAGCUGCAUGAACAAGCAGCUGCAAGUGCUGGUAAUUUUGCUGAUAAUGGAAAGCAUAACUUGGUUGGGUGGGAGUUAAGGAAGGUUCCUUCUGGUCCUGAUCCACUUCACCACAAUGGAAAUAGCCCCAAAAAGCCUAGAAAUGAUCCAUAAAAAAUGUCAGCCGUUAGAUCAAGCAAAGCUAAUCCGUUCUAGAACUACCCAAUGGAUGCCUUUUAUAUUUAAUGCUUGUUUGGUCCGAGGAGAAGA